UAGACGGACACCUUGCCUCAUCCAUCCAUCCUCCUCUACCAUUUCUCCAUAAGAUCCCGUCCCACCUCACCACCGUAACCCCAAAUCGGAACAAACCAGCGUCGCCUGCUGAAUUCCAGACUACGUGGCAAAAUCUCGACUGCUAAAGGUUCAAAAUCUCUGUAUCCGUAUCCGUCUUCGUGGUUGGCGUUCCCAAACAUGAGGGAAUCAUGGAUGAUGGAUCCCGAGGAAUGAACUCAAGGCUGCAUGUAGUUGAAAAUAAAAAUUUUAAAAGAAAAUUCUGUGUGUUGAAUGCAGGAGUUCUUCAACAAAUCCCAACUACUCAAACCACGACUGGACAGCGGCAACGUUGAAAUCAUGUAUGGGAGAUCGGUUGAGAGGUGUUUGUUUUAAGCACCCCCUCCUUCUUCACGAGUUAGUCGAAGCGUGUGAACCAAGGAGCCACCUGUCUCCUCUGCAACUUUGAGACUUCAGAGAGGAGACAGAAGAGUUGAGUCUUUUGUCAUGUUUGUGUGAGCGAGCGAGCAAAACAGAGGAGACAGACUAAAAAUGAGAACGCCGCCGAUGUCUACAGCUUGCAGCUCAAGAAGAUCAAAUUAUUACACCCGUGGAUUCGACAUCCCGGACGGUCAUCCAGACUUCGGCGUCGGGGGAGCAAUGCUGCCCAUCUUCCUCAACGACCUCUCACGACACAAUAGCGAACAAGACCUGGUUGAAGUCACACUAGAGUUCGACGAAGACGAUUCCAUCGUCGUCCGCAGCGUCACCCCAACUACCAUACCAGAACCUAUUCCCGAACCAAUCCUCGAACGGAACCUUUCCAUAACGACUAGGAUCCGCCGGAAGUUCCCAUGGCUAAGAUCCCCCUCCGCACGAACGUCCGCGGAGCUCGAAGAACUCGCGGCGACGGCGAUGUCAGCUCGGGAUGCCAGGAAAAUUACGGCGAAACUCGAACGAACGAGAUCGAGGGCCCAGCAGGCGCUUAACGGUCUGAGGUUCAUUAGUAAGAAGACAGGAAACCUGGACGCGAACGAGUUAUGGCGGAAGGUAGAGUGCCGGUUCGAGUCUCUAGCCAAGGACGGUUUACUCUCCAGAGAAGAUUUCGGUGAAUGCAUAGGAAUGGUUGACUCGAAGGAAUUCGCCCUACGGAUAUUUGACGCGCUGGCGAGACGGAGGCGUCAGAGGAUAGAGAAGAUAACCAAAGAAGAAUUCUACGACUUCUGGCUGCAGAUUUCGGACCAGAGCUUCGACGCUCGCCUUCAGAUUUUCUUCGAUAUGGCUGAUAGCAACGAAGACGGAAGAAUUACAAGAGAGGAAGUGCAAGAACUGAUAAUGCUGAGUGCAUCUGCAAACAAGCUGUCCAAGUUGAAGGAACGAGCGGAUGAAUACGCGUCCUUGAUCAUGGAAGAGCUGGACCCGGAAAACCUCGGCUACAUUGAGCUAUGGCAACUGGAAGGCCUGCUUCUACAAAGAGACAAGUACAUGAACUACAGCAGACCGCUUAGCGUAACGAGUGUAGGCUGGAGCCAGAAUCUAGGAGGGGGAGGAGGAGCGUUCAAGACCAGGAACGUGGCGCGUAAGAUAAGCAGCAAGGUCCGGUAUGCCAUCUUAGAGAACUGGCAGAGGGCGUGGAUCGUAACCCUGUGGGUAGUCACCAUGGCGGGACUCUUCGUCUGGAAGUUCAACCAGUACAGAAACAAGGCUGCCUUCCAAAUAAUGGGCUAUUGCUUGACCACCGCCAAGGGAGCAGCCGAGACCCUAAAGCUGAACAUGGCUCUCAUCUUGUUACCCGUUUGUCGUAACACCCUCACCAGACUUCGCUCUACCAGAGCCAGGCUGUUUAUUCCUUUCGACGACAACAUCAAUUUCCACAAGAUGAUAGCUGUGGCAAUAGCAAUUGGAAUCCUGCUCCACGCAGGGAACCAUCUGACGUGCGACUUCCCAAGACUCAUAAACUCAGUUCCCGAACGGUUCGCGCUCAUAUCGUCGGAUUUCAAUGGAAAGCAGCCCACGUACCCGGACCUACUCAAGGGCGUGGAAGGUCUGACUGGGAUAGGAAUGGUGGUACUCAUGGCCAUCGCCUUCACCUUGGCAACUCACCGCUUCAGGAAGAAUGUGGUCAAGCUCCCUUCGCCCUUGAACCGCUUGACGGGCUUCAACGCCUUCUGGUACUCCCAUCACCUUCUGGCCCUCGUCUACGUUUUGCUCCUCUUCCACGGCUACUUCCUCUUCUUGGUCCACAAGUGGCACAAGAAAACGACAUGGAUGUAUAUCUCUAUUCCACUUCUACUCUACAUGGGAGAGCGAAGCCUGAGAACAUCCAGAUCGACACAUUACUCAGUUAAGAUCUUAAAGGCCUCAGUACUACCAGGAAGUGUGUUGAGCAUAGUGAUGGCCAAGCCGCAAGGGUUUAAAUACAAAAGUGGGCAGUACAUAUUCCUACAGUGUCCCAACAUUUCUCCGUUUGAAUGGCACCCUUUCUCUAUCACAUCAGCACCUAGAGAUGAUUACCUCAGCGUUCACAUCCGGACAGUAGGAGAUUGGACGGAAGAGCUUAAACGAUUACUGACUGAGACAUGCGAUUCUCCCACAGUGAUUGGUAGAGCCAAGUUCAAUGAGCAUGGAAGAAUAGAUCAGAAGGGGUUACCGAAAUUGCUGGUGGACGGCCCAUACGGGGCUCCAGCACAAGACCACCGAAACUACGACGUGUUACUGCUGGUGGGACUAGGAAUCGGAGCCACCCCAUUUAUAAGCAUCCUCAGAGACUUACUCAACAACAUAAGAGCCGCUGAAGAACAAAAUGAAAUGAAUACAGAGAUGAGCAGAUCGGAAGAUAGCAGCCUGAAUAGCAUUACGUCUACAACGACGACGGGGACAAAUAUGUCAACAUCAACAACGGGAACGAGUGGGAAGAAGAAAGGACAGAGAACUAGUAAUGCCCAUUUCUAUUGGGUUACAAGGGAACCUGGGUCCUUGGAAUGGUUCAAAGGAGUCAUGAACGAAGUUGCAGAAAUGGAUCACAAAGGAGUGAUAGAGAUGCACAACUAUCUGACGAGUGUGUAUGAGGAGGGAGAUGCGAGGUCGACACUUCUCACCAUGAUCCAAGCUCUCAACCAUGCCAAACAUGGCGUUGACAUCCUAUCCGGCACCAGGGUUAGAACUCAUUUUGCAAGGCCAAACUGGAGGGAGGUGUUUGCCAAGAUAGCUGCAAAGCAUCCCAAUUGCAGAGUAGGUGUGUUUUACUGUGGGAAGCCGGUUCUAGCAAAGGAGCUAAGGAAACUAUCACGGGAGCUAACCCAGAGAACAUCCACACGUUUCGAGUUCCACAAGGAGUACUUCUAACCUGAGAGAGAUUCCCUCCCAAGUACACUUGGGAUGUCAACUACUCACGUUAAUUAAUUAUAUAUUAUUACAUAAUUUUUUUUUCUUUUUUAUUUAGGUUUGUUGUAAUAUUUAUAGAAAACAAUAGAGGAAGAAAAACAUAGAGGCAUCAUAAUCAUCAUCAUUACUCAUUAGUAGUUGAUCGAUCAAAUUGUAAAAUGUAAUUAAUUAGCACCACACACCACACCAUAUAUGUAUACCAUCAAGUUCAACACAACAUGCAUGAUAGAUGCAUCCCAAAAUGUCCAACGUCCUCAUCCACUUUUGAGAUAGAGUGUCAAGGUCCCUAACUACUUUGACAACAAAUGAAAGGUUGUAUCGUUAACCAAAGUGAAGAUUAUUGUAUUCUAUUUGUUACAGCAGCUGACCCCCUCAUAAAUAUACAACAUGCGCUGCAUUUCUUUCAUUUUAA